AUGGAGAACGCCUCGACCAGCCCGGGAGCCCCGCUGGGCGGCAGCGGCAACCAGACCCUGGGCAGGAUGCCCCGGCAGCCCCUGGAGCUGCAGGUGGUCACCAUCCUGCUGGUGCUGCUCAUCUGCGGGGUGGGCAUCGCGGGCAACGUGAUGGUGGUGCUGGUGGUGCUGCGCACCAAGCACAUGGUGACCCCCACCAACUGCUACCUGGUGAGCCUGGCGGUGGCCGACCUCAUCGUGCUGCUGGCAGCCGGGCUGCCCAACAUCUCAGAGGUGGUGGCUUCUUGGGUGUACGGCUACGCCGGCUGCCUUUGCAUCACCUAUUUGCAGUACUUGGGCAUCAACAUCUCCGCCUGGUCCAUCACCGCCUUCACGGUGGAGCGUUACAUCGCGAUCUGCCACGCCAUCAAAGCGCAGCUCCUGUGCACCGUGUCCCGCGCCAAGCGCAUCAUCUCCUCGCUGUGGCUCUUCACCUCCCUCUAUUGCCUCAUGUGGUUCUUCCUGGUGGACACGACCCAGGUCACCUUCUCGGAUGGGGCACAGGUCAGCUGUGGCUACCGGGUCUCCAGAAGCCUUUACAUGCCCAUUUACUUCUUGGAUUUUGCUGUCUUCUACGUCAUCCCAUUGGGGCUGGCAAGUGUCCUCUACGGCCUCAUUGCCCGCAUCCUCUUCAUGAGCCCCCUGCCCGCCACCCCGCACCACCCCUGCCUGGGCUCCAUGCACCAGGGCGGCUCCCUCAAGCUCUCCUGCCGGGGCAACAAGGGGGUCCUGAGCUCCCGCAAGCAGGUGACCAAAAUGCUGGCUGUUGUGGUAGUCCUCUUCGCCCUUCUGUGGAUGCCUUAUCGCACACUGGUGGUGGUGAACUCCUUCAUGGACCCUCCGUACCUGAACAUCUGGUUCCUUCUCUUCUGCCGCAUGUGCAUCUACUUGAACAGUGCCAUCAACCCCAUCAUCUACAACCUCAUGUCACAGAAGUUCAGGGCUGCCUUUAGGAAGUUAUGGAAGUGCGAAGAGAAGAGUGCCGAGAACCCUGCGCCGUACACUACCCCGGUGUACUACAGCGUUACGAAGGACUAUCCUCAUGACAGCUCUGAUCACAAUGUCACCGAACAAGAAGAUCUGAACAGUCUCCCUGCACCUGCAAAGAAGAACAAGCCUGCCAAAUAAAUCCCGGGACCCUGAAACAACGCAGGCAGUGGGAGCUAUGCGGCUGUAUGCACUGUGUUGGGAAAGUGCCAACAGAAAUUGCUUUAGCAUUGCAGCAAGCUUAAUUUAAUACCUCUCCAGGGCAUUUAACAAAACAGAUUCUUAGAGGCAAAUUAAUUUGCUUUUCCUUAACGCUAAUUUAUUCUUGUUCAGUGAAGUGUUAGGCACAGGUCAAUGUUUAGCAUCUUUAAAGAAUCUGUAAUUAAAUAUAGCAGUGCAAUGCCAUUCUGUGUUACAUGCAAGUGCAAUUGCUUGAGUUGGGUCAGAGCAUUGAAAGGAAGUCCAGGAAGAGAAGAGCAUUCAAAGAAAAACAAACAAACAAACAAUCUCUUUCUGCUGGACCAGUUCUUAUAUAGAAAGACAUUCACCUACCCAAAUUUACAUGCCUAUAACACAGACACCCCAUGUGAGCUGCUUCUCUAGAGUCCUUCUAGAGCUAAUGUGGACAAUUAGGCACUUCCAGGAAGCGGCUCGUCUCAUCUCAGCAUAGUCCUCUGAGGAACACGCAUACCUACCAAGGAGAUGAGUGCCUCCCCAGAUGUGACUAUUUCUGCCCAUUGACUGUAAAGGGACUCUCUCAGGUGGAGACUCCUACAUUAGGAAUAACCAAAGUUGGGUGUCAUGAACCUCACCUCAUGCUUCUGGAAAUAUGGCAGUGCUGGUAGCACAUAGACCCAAGGUCCAGACCAGUUGGAUUUGUUACAGAAAAAUGAACCAACUAAUAAUGAAUGUUCCAUAAGGUAACAGUAAUGCUUCCAUCAUUGUGGUCUAAGCUUCUUUUGGCUAAUUUUACGUUUUCUGUCCAAAUUCCUCUAGUUGCUUCAGCUGGAUACCGUAGCCUUGUCCUGUAAGUCCUGGUGUGGUGCAGGUGCGCACCCUCGAGCAGUGUUGCUCUCUGUCCCAGCUACGGUUGCAUUUCAAUGGCAGGUGAAGAAAUUCUCUUACUUCCUGAGAAUAAUUUGUGAAAGUCCAUCAAGUGUUUUGUGAUAAGUGACACACUGACUGUAAGACAUUAACAAUACUCAUUGCUGCUAUCAUCUUGUGAGCAAAGUAGAUAUUCAUAACCUGUGGCAUCCAAGAAACCAGCCCAAGGACACUUGCCCCAGACUUCCAAGAGACUAUCUGGACUAGGCAUAAAAUGAAUAAGAUCACACAUGAGCCGAAUGCUAAGGCUCUUGCCAAAUAAAACAAGUGUCAGCCACUAGUAACCCUCAAGCAACUGUAAAAAAUUCUUUGAACAGCCAAUUCAGCCUCACUAGUCAACACUGUUUUUCACCACACUAUAGUGUUAAAAGAUCUUAGAAUUUUGCAUCCGCUUUGGAAAAUAUCUGAGUGAUAUUUUUAAGAGCACAAGAUAUUAAGUAACCAUUCUGCAUCUAUGGGAAAUCACUUCCCUGGGUGAGUCAAAACAAGACCUCAUCUCCCACCGAUGUGUCAGGAACUAUUUCAUUUUAGUGUAGGGUGGCUUUGCAUGUAUGAUUAUUACUGUGAGUUAUUAACCUAUCUACUUCGUCCCCAAAAUAACUGUAGCAUGAGGGAAGAGAACAUUGUUUUUUUGCAAUUAUUUGGAACGGUGUAUGUUUGGAAUUUAAGAAUUCAUGCCAUUUUUGCACUCUUGUGUAUAUUGGGAAUUCAGGAACAAAGUUCCUUUUUAUUGUUGUUAAGGAAGUUCUGCACAGAGAUUUGGGAUUUGCAUCUU